AUGCAGCACUGCGCAGCAGCAGCAGCAGCAUCUGCUGCUGCUGCUGCUGCUGCUGCUCCUGCUGCUGCAAGAAAGCUUUGGCUAUCGGGGCAGCCGCAGCAGCUUCUCUUUCUGCUGCGCCAUCAUACUGUCAGCAGCAGCAGCAGCAGCAGCAGCAGCGUCGUGUGCUCACUCCCCUUGUGCAGCCCGUGCUGCAGCAGCAGCAGCAGCAGCAGCAGCGCAAGCCUGCACAGCAGCAGCAGCAGCAGCAAGCUAAAGUGGAGAGGUGGCAGCCACGGUGCCUUGACCUUCAGCAGCAGCAGCAGCAGCAGCAAAUCCUACGGAGGAGCUCGCUACUUUUCGUUUGGCCGGCGCUCGAGGAAGCAGCAGCAGCAGCAGCAACAGCAGCAGCAGCAGCAGCAGCAACAGCAACAGCAGCAACAGCAGAAGCUGCAGCAGGAAGCAGGGGAGGCAGCGCCGCCUCCUGUUGGAUCUGAAGAGAGGGGAGUUGCUUCCUCUGCAGCAGCAGCAGCAGCCGCUGCUGCAGCAGCAGCAGCUGCUGCUGCUGCUGCAUCACCAGCAGCAGCAGCAGCAGCAGAGGCUUCUCCAGCCCGCAUCGGUCGGCUGCUGCGUCGCAACCGGCAGCAGCAGCAGCAGCAGCAGCAGCAGCAAGGCGCGGACCCCCCCGCAGCAGCAGCAGCAGGCGCGCAGCCCCCGGGGCCCCCUGCAGACCCAGACCCAGCAGCAGCAGCAGCAGCAGCAGCAGCAGCAGCAGCAGCAGCAGGCUCGUGGGGCAGCGACAGCAGCAACAUAUCUUCUAUUGUUUCUGCUGCUGCUCCUCCCAGCCUUCCUUCUCUUCCUGCAAUUGGCCUUAUCCGUCGCCCCGCCUUUCCAGGGUUUUAUCAGCUGCUGCAGAUACCGGACCAAGAGUUGUUUGAAGAACUGGUGCGGCUUAAAACCAGCGGCGGCUGGAGAGACUUCGUCGGGGGUUUUUUGCUGCGGAAAGAAAUAAACCCUGAAGAUGAAUUGGAGCCGGGGGCGCGGCUGCGGGAAGACGCAGGAAGCAUUUCUUCUGUUGAUGAAAUUCAUAAUGUGGGCUGUUUGCUGCACCUCCUGACUUUGGCCCCACACCCAAUGCAGCGGGGGGGCCAGGCCAUAGUAAUGCCUUACCGCCGCAUCAAGCUACUGGGCCCUUCACAGUCACCAGAAGAAGCCGCAGCAGCAGCAGCAGCCACAGCAGCAGCAGCAGCAGCAGCAGAGCCGACUGCAGCAGCGGCCCCAGCAGCAGCAGCGGCUGCUGCUGUCGAGUCAGAGGAAGCAGCAGCAGGCGAGCAGCACACAGAUGCUGCAGCAGCUGCUUCUGAGCAGCAGCAGCAGCAGCAGCAGCAACAGCAGCAGGGAGCUGAGAAGCAGGUAGAGUUGGAUUCACAGGAGCAGCAGCAGCAUCAGCAGCAGCAACAGGAGCAGCAGCAGCAGCAAAACGAGCAGCAGCAGCAGCAGCAGGGGGUCGAUGAUCUUGCGGGUUCGCAGCUUGGGACUUUGCUGCCUUUGCCCCAUCCCAGCAGCAGCAGCAGCAGCAGCAGCAGCAGCAGCAGCAGCAGCAGCAGCAAAAGUGCUUUGCUGUAUGUCUCUGUGUCAUUUCCUCGCGAGUCUGUCUCUGCGUCUCUAAGCAGCAGCGAGGGUCCUAGCAGCAGCAGCAGCAGCAGCAGCAGCAGCAGCAGCAGCAGCAACAACAGCAACAACAUAAUUAGAAUGCUGCAUUUGGAGAUAUUAGCCACCAUGAAGGAGCUGCUCAAAACAUCCUACUUUUACAAAGAACACUUCGAUCAAGUUAUAAGGUUUUACAACAUCGACUACCCCCAGAAGUUGGCGGAUUUGGUGGCUGGGAUUUCUUUCGCCCGACGGGACGAGCUGCAGGCUGUGCUUGCCGAAGAAGAUAUUGAGAAGCGGCUGAUGCUCGUUCUGCAGAUUGCAAAGAAAGACUUGGAAUUUGCCAAGCUACAAGUCCACGUGAAGGCCCAAGUAGAAGACAAAGUGAUGAGAGUGCAGCGGAAGUUUUUGCUGCAUGAGCAGCUGAAGUUAAUUAAAAAAGAAUUAGGGUUUAAUAAAGAAGACAAAGAAUCAAUCGUCGACGGCUUAGUGCUUUCUCUGCAGCAAUUCCGCGAGCUGUUCGCUAAAAAGGAAGCCUUCAUGAACGAAGAGGCGGUGACUAGCGAGCUCAACAAACUCUCUUCUCUAGACCAGUCUUCUUCUGAAUUUCAUGUCUGCCGAGCUUAUAUUGAAAACCUGCUGAAGCUGCCUUGGGGAGAGUACACCACGGACUGCACAGACAUUGAAGAGGCCGCGAGGGUUUUAGACAGAGACCACUUUGGCCUCGAGGAUGUAAAGAAACGCAUUUUAGAGUUUAUCGCUGUCAACAUUCUGAAGAAGGAUUCCCAAGGCAAGAUUCUGUGUUUCGUGGGUCCCCCUGGGGUGGGCAAGACCUCCGUAGCGGAGAGUAUUGCGAGGGCUUUGAAGCGAAAGUACUACCGCAUAUCUCUAGGGGGUUUGUUUGACGUGGCCGAGCUGCGGGGCCACCGCCGAACUUACAUCGGGGCGCUUCCGGGAAAAAUAAUAAACGCUUUGAAGUUAUCGGGAACAAUGAAUCCUUUGAUAGUUUUGGACGAGAUUGACAAACUCGGGAGGGACUUUCGAGGAGACCCCGCCUCCGCACUCCUCGAAGUUCUCGACCCUUCUCAAAACAAUUUAUUUCGAGACCAUUACGUGGAUGCCCCUGUGGACUUGUCGAGGGUUUUGUUUGUGUGCACGGCCAACGCCCAAGACGCCAUUCCAGGCUUGAACGACUCGAGGGUUUCCAUUGAACCCUCAGCCCUCAAUGUUAUUGUCCGGGACUACGCCAGAGAGGCGGGGGUUAGAUCUUUAUCGAAGUGCAUAGAAAAGCUUUUCAGAAGAGCGGCCCUCGCCAUCGUCCGGAAGGAAACAGACGCAGUUUUAGUAACCGAGGAAAACCUCACGAAGUUCGUCGACCAGCCGCCGUGGACUUCUUCCCGUCUUUUUGAAAGAACACAGCCCGGAGUGGUCAUGGGCCUGGCCUGGACGGCAAUGGGAGGCGCUGUGAUAUUUGUGGAAGCUGUUGGGAGGAGCGCAGAGCAGGGCAGCUCUAAACCCUCGAAAGGGGACUUCAAAUCGACUGGGGGCAGUUUGAAAGUGACGGGGCAGCUGGGAGGAGUGAUGAAUGAGAGUUGCGAAAUCGCUAUGACCUUUUCGCGAGGGUUUAUAAAAAAGCAAAACCCUAAUAACAAUUAUUUGUUUGAAAGCGCCAUUCAUCUGCAUGUCCCCGAAGGCAAGGUCCUGAAGGUGGGUGGCAUCAAGGAAAAAGUUAUUGCGGCGAAACGCGAGAACCUGAAGACCCUAAUCUUCCCGCGGGGAAACAUGCGAGACUUCGAAGAGCUUCCUCCUAAUGUGAAGGAGGGCCUCGAUGUCCACUUCGUAGAUGAUUAUGACCAAGUUUUCAAUAUAGCGUUUCCCCAGCAACUGGAGGCCCCCCAGGGGGCCCCCCAGGGGGCCCCCCAGGGGGCCCCCCAGGGGGCCCCCCAGGGGGCCCCCCAGGGGGCCCCCCAGGGGGCCCCCGAGGGGGCCCCCGAGGGGGCCCCCGAGGGGGCCCCUAACGAGGCCCCUGAAGGGGACCCCCAGGGGGGCCCCCAGGAGGCCCUUCAGGGGGGCUCGGGGGCCCCCUCUACAGGCUCAACUGGGGGGGCCCCCCAGGGGCCCCCACCUCCAAGAGAGUCAACAGGGGGGGCCCCCCAGGGGCCCCCUGCUGCAGAAUCUCCCCUGGGGGGCCCCCAUGGACCCUCCUCACCAGACUCAACAGGGGGGACCCCACAGGAGGGGGGCCCCCUGGAGGGCCCCCAGCCAGGGGCCGCGAGUCAGUGA